AUGACGGUUCAAAACACCAGACCUCUUGUUUUCAUGGGGGUCCUUCCCAUCUACGGACAUGUCGAACGCAUGCUCAAAGUCGCCAAGGGUCUUGUGCAAAGGGGCUUUUCCGUCACUGUCUUGACGGGCUCUGCUUUCAAAAAGGCCGUCGAGCUCACCGGAUCCAAGUUCGUACUUACCGGGGGCAAGGCAGACUAUCAGGCCAACGCUGUCUUCGAUUCCUUCGCACCAGGUCUUCAAGGAGCCCAUGGGAUCCAUCGUUCACUCUUGAUAGACGUCAUCGAGGAUCAGCACAAAGUUCUGCAAGCCCUCCUGGAGCAAGCGUAUUCGACAGGCAACGAGAAGGUGGUCUUCCUGCAGUCAUGUCUGUACUUCGGCACCAGCGGUCUCAUACUUGGGGCUCCAGGGCUGAAGCCCACGGGCAUCAUAGGGAUUGGACACACAUCUCUGACAUGUUCAAGCAUCGACACCGGCCCAAUGGGCUCUGGUCUGCCACCAGACUCUUCGGUGGAUGGCCGUGCCCGGAAUGUGCAGGGCCAGCAGAAAUUUGAAGAGGCAAUGGCGCCUGUCCAAAAUAGAUACGAGGAACUCUUGCGGAGUCUGGGAGCGAGCAAGGAUAAGGUGCCGUUCUACUUUGAUGCAGCAGUGAACCUGCCUGAUCUCUUCCUCCAAAUGUCGGUGCCAUCCCUCGAGUACCCACGAAGUGAUCUGAGGGACGGGUUCCGGUUCAUCGGUGCUAUUCCAUCGUCAGGCACCGGAACCGAAGGAGAUUUGCCGUCGUGGUGGGACGAAGUUGUGCAACACCGGAAGAAACUCGUGGUCGUCUCGCAAGGCACACUCAACAUCAACGUCACGGACUUGAUCAUUCCGACCUGCGAGGCGAUGAAGGACAAAGACGUCCUGGUGGUAGCAGUCAUUCACCAGAUCGAAUGGAUCGAGGCCUUCACUGUCCCGGACAAUGUGCGCGUGGCCAGCUACCUGCCCUUCAACGAGCUGUUCAAAUACACCGACGUCCUCGUCAGCAAUGCCGGGUACGGUACGGUGCAGCAGGCGUUGUUCUGCGGCGUGCCCAUGGUCCUCGCCGGUGUGGGCGAAGAUAAGCCGGAGACGUGUGCGCGAGCAGCCUGGGCUGGCGUCGCUGUCAACCUCAAGUGUCUGCGCCCGACCGUGGAGCAACUGCGCGAGACGGUGGACGAGGUCCUGUCAGUGCCGAGGUACCGCGUGCAAGGAAAGGAGCUCGCGGAGGAGUACCGACAAUAUGACACGAUCGCAGAAAUCGAAGCUGCCAUUCACCAAGUCGCCAGUCGUCCUCGGCCACGGCGCGUCAAGAGGCGACUGGGCACUGAUGCUGCUUUGAAGGUGUUCAGAAACCUGCGACGUUCCACGAGGGGCCAACAUGGCAGGGAUCGUCGGAGCUCUGUAGUCGCGCAGGUAUAA